AUGCCUGGCAAACGCAAACGACAGCCGGUCAGCAAGGCCAAGGCGAAAGCCACGGCGAAAGCCAAGGUGAAAUCCAAGGCGAAAGCCACGGCCAAAGCCAUGGCCGUGGAAGCGGCAAGCAGCCCAAGGUCAGGGAGCUCGGACGGCUCGAAUGUGACUCCUAACGAUGACGGUGAAGAUGCGGUCUCCGAGAAUCCAGCGUCCGAAGCGGAGUCUGCGGAGUCGGGUGCGGCAUCUGGGAGAAGUGGUGAUGAAUCCGAGCCUGCAAAUGAGAAUGGGACCGAGACAGUGGGUCCGGAUCCUUCGUCCCUGCCCGAGUUGGAACAUGUCGUUCCCCUGGUGCUGCCACAGAUGGAAAUGGAAAUUGAGGAGAAAGGCUUGGAGGCGUUCGUCAGCACUGGCUCCACUCAGCUCCGCCAGUGGAUUGUAGAAUCCAUCCGUCGCUUGAAUACUUCUCACCAGUCCGACAUGGCCUUUGCCUUGAGCAAAGCCGGCUCCAUUCGCAUGGCAACAGCAUGCUCUGGAACUGAUGCCCCGGUGCUUGUGGGCAAGGCUUUUGCAGAUGCCGUCAGGACUUGCUUCUCAGUCCGGUUGGAGUUUGAGCAUGUCUUCAGUUGCGAGAGUGAUCCCGACAAGCGAGGCUUCCUGGAAGCCAUGUUCAAGCACACAGGUGACGUCGACAUGGCACGACUUUUUGUCAGCACGGAGCACCUAGCAGCAGCCGGUCCCCAUGAUGGCCAAGUUGAAGAACACUUGAGCCGGGAGGAGUGCGAAAUCCCAGCAGACUUCACGGACCUUAUCUUUGGUUUCCCAUGCCAGGAUGUAUCGCGACUCAACCGUGCCUCAGAGAACUUGAUGAACCAAGAGACUGUGAAGAAUGCAAGUCUUCGCACGGGAAAGACUUUUGGCGAGAUGAUGACCUUCUUGGACAAACGCACUUCUCUUGGGUUUCCACCGGUGAGUUGCAUCAUCAUGGAGAAUGUCAUGGGGUUGGCGGAGCCUCCGAAGCGGAGCGGAACUUCAGAGCACCGGCCCGAGCAUUCCAACUUGGACUAUGUCAAGCAAGCCAUGUCCGCCAGAGGCUAUUUCAUGCAGGCGGUCGUGCUUGACCCCCUUGGCCUAGGUUGGCCAGUGUCACGUAAGAGAAUCUACAUGAUCUGCUGGCCGAAGUCCAAACUUGAGCAGGCUGGCUUCGCGGAGGACUUUGUCAGGAGCACGGUGGAGGAGAUCCUCAACAAGCUGUCGCGCAGCAGCACGAAGCAUCUUGAUGACAUCAUCCUGGACGAGAGUCACCCGGCAGUCAAGGAUGAACUCAACAGAUCACGCGAGGUCAUGCUCAAGAGACGAGCGGAAUCUCCACCCAAAGUGAAAAAAAACAAGUGGGCAGAAGCCCACGUGAAGGCAUUGCAACGCCAGGGGGUGGACUGGUGGGUUAACAACACCCCGAGUGAAGCCACGUACAAUCGAUACCCCGGACUACUGUCAUUGACAGAUCGCCAACUCGACUUGUGCAAGGUCAUGCGAGUGGCGCUGCCUGACCCCAGAUGUGCGAUAGUGGAGAUGUCACAGGGCCUGCGCGGCCCGAGCUCCUCCAACAUCCCAUGCCACCGGGCGUCCAUCGUUCUUCCAACUGGACAGCAGUUAAUCCUGCAUCGAGGUCGCAUGGUUUCGGGCCUGGAAGCGAUGUUGUUGCAAGGACUUCAUUUUGGCAAAACCCAAGGUCGGCUCGAUGAGUUUUCGCCCGAGAUGCUUCGCAACCUGGCGGGGAACGCCAUGCAGGCCCAUAGCAUGGCCUGCGCGCUGCUCAUCCACAGAGCCAUCGAAGGGCAGCUGACUGUUGCAAUGAUGACCAAGAAGGAGUCCUCCUGCACGCCAGUGGACGACGACUUGUUCGAUUUUGAGUGA